AUGAGUGUUAUACGCCUAGAGAUGAUAUACCAAGCCAAUGUAGUGUUAUACAUUGAUCGAGAAACCACAUUAAGAAAUUAUCGCCUUGUUAAUAAACGAGCACAUGAAGCGAUUCGCUGUCUAAAAGUAAAUCCACGUUCAAUAUAUUUAGGGUACAACUUCCUUUUUAACUUCUUUCCACGUCUCAACACACUCACUGGUAAUUUGAACACUAUGGUGCGCUCCCUCACACAAAAGCAGAUAAAUCAAAUCACGUGGUUUGAUUGUGCGUGUGCUGUGAUAUUUCCAGAAACCUUUGACAAUACAAUUCUAAGUAAAAUCAUUACAAUUUCAAUACCCAAAGAAAGCAUUUGUUAUGUCCAAACACACUGCCCAAAAGUAAGAAAAAUAGUGGUAACACUCGACGACGAUUAUUCAUUUGAAAAUUUAAAAUUCCGAAUGUUACAAAAACUUGUGAUAAAGAAGUCAAUCAAUGAAAAACUAAAAAUUAAACUGAUUAACUUCGUUACGACCAACCCAGACGUUUCAAUUGGAAUAUUUAAUAUCCAAAGUGACGAAAUUGACAUUGACAUAAAUUUGAACGAAAAAUACCACAGCAUUUGCAUCAAAGAUAUCACAAAAGAUGUAGUAAAUAAAAUUGUUACACCUAACACACUACAACAUGUAAACAAAGAAACUCCAUUUUUUGAAAAACCAAAAAUGUUUGUGAAAAAUUUCAAUGAAAAAUUUCUUAAUUUUGACCAACUUUUAAAGUCGUCGUAUUUGGGCGAUGACUGCAAAAGUUAUGUGUUCACCUUGAAUAUCAGUUUUGGUCAAAAUAACAUUCAAAACAUGGAUUUGACUAAAUUGAAUAGAUUAAAUACAAUUUCUAUGCACUUUGACAAAACCGUUGAGACAACAGUAACGAUGCCAACCCAAAAUAUAUUCCAAAAUUUAAGUAUAUUCAAUUUCGUGUCGAAGUCGCCAAAUACAAUCCAUUUUAUCGGUAUAGAAAGAUGCCCCGAAUUGAAAGAAGUUAAAUAUCACUGCUCAUUUACACCCAUACACUCAAUUUACAAAAAUGUGAUUUCAAGUUGGUGUUAA